AUGGGUGUUUCAGAUUUGGAGAUCGGCAUGUCAUACGAUAGACGACGCUGGCGAAGUCAACUUAAUCAAUUGCUCCAACAACAACAACAACAAAAUGGUAAACAUGUAGUAGUAGAAGUAGAUAUGCAGAGUUCAUCCUCAGAGCAACAUACCACUGAAUUAGUAGGAAUAAUAAAGUCUAUUGAUCCUACUCCUCCUCCUCCUCCUAUGGUGCUGAUGGACCUCCGACUCCACAGGGCUACAAUUGAAGGCAACCAACGUAAAUUCAUCGACACCUUGGUCACUGUCUCCACCGAAAAGGGUCUGCCGGUCACCUCCAUUCUCGACCAGCUCACCCCAUUAGGCAACACCUUCCUCCACCUCGCAACGGAUUUUGGCCAUUUUGACUUGGUUGCCCACCUGGCUUUCAGUUUUCCUCAUUUACUAAAUACAACAAACGGAAGAGGCGACACUCCUUUCAUUCUAGCUGCUAGAUCCCCACAAUCCCUGUCUAAUUUCAUUACCCAUAUCCAUGAAUUCACUCCUUACUUUGUCGACAUGUUUAAGAUCACCAAUAAUGACGGGAAUACUGCUCUUCACCAGGCCUUGAUUACUAACCAUAAUGCAGAUAUUCUGGAUUUGUUACUUCAAUUGCUUCGAGGAGACAAAGAAGUCCCAUUUUGUUAUGCAAAUCAACAGGGGAAAACGCCAUUGUAUAUUGCCAUUGAAACUGGUCAGAUUACCAUCGUUACCAAAAUGUUGAGGCUGCUUCCUGAAAACCCGGAUGAGAUCAAAAUUGCAGGAAAGUCGCCUAUUGAUGCAGCAAUUAAAGCAAUGAAUACAGACAUGUUAGUGAUGGUGUGUGAAAAAAUACCUUCAUUAAUUCAUACAAGAGUUGCUGAAGAUGGUGGGACUCCACUCCAUUGUGCUGCCUCUGUUGGAUACUAUAAAGGCGUUGAGUUCUUUUUGAAUCGAUUCUCGGAAUUCAUUUUGGAACACGAUAAUAAUGGUUUAUUGCCUAUUCACAUUGCAUCACAGAAGGGAUAUGUGAAAAUAGUGAAGAAGAUACUUGAUGAAUAUCCUGACUCUAGGGAGUUGUUAACAGCAAAAAGAGAAAACAUUCUUCACAUUGCAUCCAAAUUCGGAAAGAUUGGUGUUGUCGAGUACAUUUUGAAAACUCCUUACUUUGGAGUUCUCAUCAACCAGAAAGACAAUAAUGGGAACACGCCUCUUCAUCUAGCAACUAUGAAUUGGUUUCCAAAAAUAGUAAGUUGUUUGACAUGGGAAUCAAGCGUUGAGUUAAACAUAGUCAAUGAUGAUGGAAUGACUGCUCUGGAUAUAGUCGAGGAAUUUGGGGGGAUAUCGCCUUCAUUUCGAAAGAGACUAACAUGGAUAGCUUUGAAAGCUGCAGGAGGAAAACCAAGCAGAGCUCCUAAUAAAUUGAAUAACAUGGAUUCGAUAUUAAUCCAAAAUGAUGGGGCUCAAAGUAGGGUGGAUUACAAAGAUAGGGUGAACACUCUUCUUUUGGUGUCUACAUUGGUGGCAACUGUUACUUUUGCAGCCGGUUUCACCAUGCCAGGGGGUUACAAUAAUACCCUAUCCGACCCAUUUUUAGGACAAGCGACCAUGCUGAAUAAACGGGCCUUUCAAACCUUUGUGAUAUGUGACGCCAUAGCAAUGUACAGUGCUGUAAUUGUGGCGGUUACAUUAAUAUGGGCUCAAUUGGGUGAUGUUCAUCUGGUGUUUUCUUCUAUAUCCUUGGCUAUGCCUCUAUUGGGAGUGUCUUUGUUGGCGAUGUCCACUGCAUUUUUGGCUGGUGUAUGGUUAGUAAUUACCAAGCUCGGGUGGUUGUCACACCUCAUUUUGAUCAUAGGAAUUGUCUUCCUUUCUAUUCUUUUAGCGCUUUACAUACCUCUCAUCGUGCCCACAACUUCCAAAAAUUAUGUCAUUCGUUACAUCUCAUACUACUUCUUCUUCCAGCUUAUGCUCAUAGCUUCUGGUAGUAAUGCUGCUGAUGAUGAAGAAGUGGAAGAUGGAGCUGCAUGAAUUAUAUAUGACCCAUUAUUAUUCUAAUUAAUUAUGGUUCAGUGCUUGCUUAUAUUUGUUUCAAUGUGUUAAUUGUGUUAUGAAUUGGAUAACUUUUCUGCAUCUUAGA